GCGCUGGCGAGCGGCGGCGGCGGCGCGUGACAAAGAGCCCGCGCCAGAGCGGGACUGCGAGCGCCCCAGUCGGCUCCGUGCCUACGUGCGCGCCGGUGCUUCGCGCGUAGGGAGGCCUGAGCAAUACCCGCCUCGAGUGGUGUAAUUCCUUACGCAAGGCCCAGGCGCGAGCGCGGGGCCGCCGCCGCCGCACGAGAAUCAUUUUGCUUUCUCCGGCGCGACGGUGCAGUCGCGAUGAUCUCCAGGUCGCUGAUUUUCGCGACGUGCGGCGCGGUGCUGGUGCUGGUGCUGCUGGAGCCGCGGGGCAGCGACGCGGCCGUGGCGCGCGUGCUGCACAGCCUCGUCCGCAACAACCUGGCGGGCACGCCCGACAACUUCCGGCCGCAACGCUGGCCCUUCGACCCCGCGGUGGCGCAGCACUGGCGCGAGGAGUACGAGCGGCAGAACGGCGUCCGUGGAGAGGCGCUCAUCGAGCGCCUGGGGCUGGGCGAGGACGCGCGCACCGAGGAGCGGCGCGCGCAGCAGACGGCGCGCGACCGGGGCGUCUACGUCAGCCACCAGCCGCGCCUCCACCGCCCUUGACGCCACUCAUUACAUUACCAGUAAAAAACGUCCAAUCAGUGCACGUCACAUGUUAUAACUGAUGACUCUGCCUUCAUGCGGAAUACACAGCAUGGAAUGAUUCACUUCAAUUUUAUCUAUUCAGGAAAAAUAUAUUCCAGAACUUGAACAAUGUUAUGAGAAGAUGAUUUUCAAUGCCGAUUGCUCUUCGAUGAAACCAUUCAAUUACACAAUAUUUAUUCAAUAGCGUCAUAAUAGUCGCAAUUGCAAAAAUCAAACUUGAGCUGGUAUUUCUAAAAUGUACAUACGACGCAUAAGAUACCAGCUAAUUCCGUAGCAGUACUCGUCCGCAUGCUUCGGCUCAAUCAAGCGCGCCAGCCCGAUGAAUGAGGCGUCCACUUGCGAAUGACCUCUUCCAGCACACGUUGGCAACGCAUGGCAAUUUCCAUCGUGGAAUUCCAUUUUCCAAAAGUGUGGUAAUUAAUUAAUGUUUUCUACGUGCAGACGAUGUCAAAUAAAGUGCAAGACAUUUGUAACGUCUUUUUUUAGUCCCAAAAUAGUCCAAUGCACGAACACAUUACUUCGCAAAUACAACGCCUUCUCAAGAACCCUAUAAUGGUUUUGUCAUAAGUUGUAUUUUACUAAUUAAUUACUUAUCAUGUUGUACAUUUGUACGAGUGCCCGAAAAUUAUGAGCGAACAAUUACAUUCUCCGUGAAAUAUAUUAGAAUCUAUGUAAUACAAUAUGCAGAAAAAAUAAAUUUGUCCGUUUUAACGAGUAGUUCUCACGAAAUAAUUAUUUGAGUUAAGGAUAAGUACUUGCGAGGAAUUCAUGAAAAUAUUUCAAAUAAAUUUCUCAUUUUCAUUGGUAGUUUUUCUGUCGGCAAUUUCUACGUUACAAGUUGAC